CAAUGCUCUUCGCCACCCUCGACGUGGUCCCUCCCGCUCCAAGCUCCUUUUCUGGAGCUGGGAGGCCACGCUCUGCGCUAAGAAAGGCCCUGAGGACACAAAGGAGACCCGUGGAAUGCUGAGGAGCUGGGAGAUGAAAUAACAUCAAGGUGCCCCUCAUCACUACUCUGAGCAGGGUUCGAGGAACACAUUUAGGGUCCUCAGCAAGAACGCUCCACUCAAGCACCGAGGAAAUGGAGAAGUGCAAAGGGACGAGCGGCAGAAUGGCUGGCGCCACCUCAGCCGACGUAAAGAUGAGUAGCUCUGAGGAGGUGUCCUGGAUUUCCUGGUUCUGUGGGCUCCGUGGUAACGAAUUCUUCUGUGAGGUGGAUGAGGACUACAUCCAGGACAAAUUUAAUCUUACUGGACUCAAUGAGCAGGUGCCUCACUAUCGACAAGCUCUAGACAUGAUCUUGGACCUGGAGCCUGAUGAAGAGCUGGAAGACAACCCCAACCAGAGCGACCUGAUUGAACAGGCAGCGGAGAUGCUUUAUGGAUUGAUCCACGCCCGCUACAUCCUUACCAACCGAGGCAUCGCCCAAAUGUUGGAAAAGUACCAGCAGGGAGACUUUGGCUACUGUCCUCGUGUGUAUUGUGAGAAUCAGCCGAUGCUUCCUAUCGGCCUUUCGGACAUCCCAGGCGAGGCCAUGGUGAAGCUCUACUGCCCCAAGUGCAUGGAUGUGUACACACCCAAAUCAUCGAGACACCAUCACACGGACGGCGCCUACUUCGGCACUGGUUUCCCUCACAUGCUCUUCAUGGUGCACCCGGAGUACCGGCCCAAACGACCUGCCAACCAGUUUGUACCCAGGCUCUACGGUUUCAAGAUUCAUCCAAUGGCUUACCAGCUGCAGCUCCAAGCCGCCAGCAACUUCAAGAGCCCAGUCAAGACGAUUCGCUGACUCCCCACCCACCUUUCCCUCUAUCUUGGACACCACCAUUCCUUUGCUGCCACCCUUUCAGGAAGUCUAUGGUUUUUAGUUUAAAUUAAAGGAAUUGUUAUUGUGGUGGGAAUAUGAAAUAAAGUGGAAGAAAAGGCCGUGA